CAAAGGUGGUGCCUGUCGAGAAUGGGGAUGGCUGGUGUUUGCACGGAGCAGUACGACACAAACCUUCCUGGAUUUAAGUUUCUUGUAUGGCGAACAUUGUUUAAUUGCGCGAACAAACGUACCACAGAGACGGCAUGGAACAAGGAUGGGCGCUUUUUGUACAACUUGUGACACAUUGGCACAUACCUAUUCAGGAGGAUUGGCUAAGAAUGGACAAAUACAAAGUGGCACAAGCCCAAUUACUACAUUAGAAUAAAUAAAAAAAAACAUCAAAGGAACCACUCAAUGUAAUGCGCUAUCCCAUUAAGAGGCCUGUACAACACAUACGCCGUUCUACUUGUGUCCGUGUUUGCACGCCUGCCCCCUUUCAGUACCAUAAAUAUUCAACAACUUGCUCAACUUUCAGCUGUUUUAUUCUCCAGACACUUCACCCGCUGCCAAUACGGCCACGUAUUCUCUUUGGAGCUGGUCAGAGAUGACAUUAUCGGGCACAGAGCUGACCAGAAACAGGCAAAAUGGCAGAAUUUAAUGAAAGACAGCGAGUAGGUCAACUUUUGAUCGUAGAUGUGAAGUGCCGCUGCUAGGUUGUAACAGAACACGAACGAAGAAGAUGGCAUACACAUGAGCAAAGCGGUGCCUACGCGCCUUACGCAUCGUCAUGCGAGUGCCAUCGCGGUUUUUCGUUUGUGUCUCGAUACAACUAUGAAGCACAACAUCACAUCAAUGGCAAAAUUCAGCAGCGGUGAGGUGCUCCGGUGCACUUACGAAGCUGUGUCGGUGCGAACCAGGCUGUUGUCCGCCGGCAGGGGCCGGGUGGUGGUGCUCAGAGAUGGCGGACAAGAAUGGCGCAGUGCGUCGCUACGUGCGCACGGGCUGCGGCCCGGGUCUGGCCGUAACGGCGCUGGUCACCACCGUGCUGGCCGCCUGGUUCCGCCUGGCACCUCGAGCUGCUGGCCGGCAGCUGGACACCGAUGCCGGCAUGCCCGUCUGGUGGCCUGGCGCCGCCGAACUGGCUGUCGUACGCAGGCCCGGCCCCCUGGCGCACACGUCGGUGCUGCGCGAGGACACGCUGGCGUUCCUGCGCGCACGGCACCGGACAUCGGCGCAGGUCUCCAACAACCGUCUGCCCCGCGCCCUAAUGCCCGAACACUACGACAUCGAGAUGCGACCUCGCUUCGCAGCUGAGGAUCCGUCUACAACGACGGCAGACGGCUCAGCGGGCGCGGACGACGAUACCUUCACGGCCACUGUGGCCGUGCGUGUGCUAUGCGUGCAGAACACCAGCACUGUGGUCAUGCAUACCGGCAAGUUCAACUACACCCCGGCCUCGACUGGCACCGGACCAGCAGUACAGGUAUGGGACGCAUCCAGCCCUAUCAGUCAGGUGGCAGUCACUGGCAUCGAAAAAGGCAGCGACAGCGGUCUGCUUGUCAUCUCGCUGGCCUCCAGUCUAGAGGCUGGCAAGAAGUACGCCGUGCAGAUUCAGUUCAGCGGACGCCUGGGUGACACCAGAGGGUUCUACAAGUACCACUACACCUCGGCCGACAGGAAGCAGCACCUCUUGGUGACAUUCUUCGAGCCGACGUUCGCCCGUGAGGCGUUCCCGUGCUUCGACGAGCCGGACAUGAAGGCCACCUUUUCCGUGGUGGUGGUCAGGCCCGAGGCAUACCACUCCAUAUCCACUAUGCCCCUGGUGCGCUCCGAGGGCAGAACGGGCGGAUACGUGGCUGAUCACUUUAUGACGAGCAUCAAGAUGUCAACGUACACACUCGCCUUCAUGAUCAGCAACUACACUGCCACUAAAAAUGGAAAGGUGUCCGUCUGGACGCGGCCCGAGGAAGCGGACCAGGCCAGCUAUGCUGCCGAGGUAGCACCCCUAAUGAUUGACUACUUUGAGCGGCUCCUGGACGUGCCUUACGUUCUACCCAAAAUUGACUUGGCGGCGCUUCCGUCCUUCCUGGUGGACGCCAUGGAAAAUUGGGGACUGCUCACGUUCCACAAGAACAGUCUACUCUUUAGCGACACGAAAGACGCCGCCACGCACAAGGUGGUCAUCGCCACGGUUAUCUCGCACGAACUGGCACACCAGUGGUUCGGAAACUUGGUGACCAUGCGAUGGUGGAACGACGUGUGGCUGAACGAGGGCUUCGCGUCCUACAUGCAGUACCUGGGGGUCGACGCCGUCCACCCCGAGUGGAACAUCCUGAACCAGUUCACCGUGACCGACAUGAUGCCCAUCAUGAAGGCGGAGUACAACACUGAGAGCCAUCCUCUGUCCGUUGACGGCAACUUCUCGACCGAACUGGACAGCCUGUUUGACAGAAUCGUCUACAACAAGGGUCCUUCCAUUGUGCGAAUGAUGUCAUACUUCCUCUCGCCUCCGGUGUUCCUCAAGGGCCUCAGGGCUUACCUUAAGAAGUACAGCUUCAGCAACGCGGAUCAGGACCAACUCUUCGAAGAGCUCACUAAGGCGCAGCCCGAAGGUGGUCCACAUGGCCGAGUGGACGUCAAGGAAGUGAUGGACACGUGGACGAGGCAGCCGGGCUACCCAGUGGUGGACGUCGUCCGCGACUACGAGACGCGCACAGCCUCUCUCACUCAAAGGCACCACUGCGUCAGGGCAGACCAGUCUAGAAUAUGGAUAAUUCCCAUCACGUAUACGGAUGCUGAACACAAGAAUUUCACAAACACGGAACACGUGAUGUGGAUGAAAACUAAGAAAGCCACGCUGCAGAACCUUCCCGAGAAGAACGAGUGGAUCAUUCUGAACCUGCAGUCGGCCGGCUACUACAAGGUCAACUAUGACGUGGACAACUGGGCCCUUCUUCGCAGACAGCUGCUCAUUGCUCCCGAGGCCAUCCCCGUGCUCAACCGUGCGCAGCUGAUUCAAGACGCGAACGACCUGGCUCACUCGGGAGACUUGAGCUACGCGGUGGCCAUGGACAUUCUGGACUACGUGCGCCGUGAGACGGCGUACGCGCCACUCAAAACGUCGCUAAACACGGUAGAGGUGCUCGACGCCCGGUUGCGGGCUACCGACUUCUACGCCAAGUGGCAGACUUACAUGAGCGGGCUGUUGAAAUUCCACUUCGAUCGGUUGCUCUGGGAAGGCCACGCAAAUGAAAGCAUGCUGGAAAAGAUGAUCCGAAAAGACGUUGUCUUCUGGUCCUGCCAAUACAACUACCAACCUUGCAUCGAGAACUGCGUGCGCAGCUUCAAAACCUUCAUGAACAGCCCGGUUCUCCUGAGAGAUGCUCUGAGGCGCGACCUGACGGGCACGUUGGUGACGCUGUGUCACGGCAUUCGGCUGGGCGACAACACGGACUGGCGCUUCCUGGCCGACCACAUCCGCGACGCCAGCAGCGCGGAAGAGGCCCACGUCAUCGUGAGCGCCCUGGGAUGCACUGGCGAAACCAAGAAUCUGCUAAGCUUGCUGUCCUUCUCUAUGCGCAACAUGACGACCCUGAAUAAAAACGUGGAAAACUCUGUGGGGUACUUCUUCGAGAGCGCCUCCUACUCGAACAAGGGCAGCGACCUCACCCUCAAGUUCUUCAUUGAAAACUGGAAGACGUUGCUGGACAAGUAUGGCCAGAGCCCAUCACUAAAGGACACCAUCUGGUUUUCCAUUCAAGGCAUUCGCAAAAGUGAAGACCUGAAACAGAUGGAGCACUUUUUCGCGACCAACGUGGAGAGGAAGACGACGGCCAAGAAGCUGACGCGCACUUUCCAGACGGCGCUUGACUUGGCCAGGGCCAACAUCAACUGGGUGCGCAAAAACGCGCGGGUCAUCGAGAACUGGCUCGACAACAGGCUCGCCCGCAAAGACGACGAGGGAGGCAAAGUCGACGCCCGACCGGCACCUGGGGCCUGACAAGAAAGGCUGCUGUGGCUGCCGCGGCAUUCGGCGCAGCUUUGGCCGAAUGGCCUCUUGCAGAAAUAAUAAAGCCCGCGCAUCUGUGAAAAUUACAGUCGCACCGAAUAAAGUUUCAGCUAUAUGAGGCGCAAAGAUUAUACCUGUCUCGGCU